UAUUCUGCAUUGUACUUAUUUGUUGUGAGAAUUACGUGCCUGUUGGCACUUGAUUCUUCCCUGUCUUACAUGGGUGUGUGAGCUUUACUGAUUUUGUGCCUGGAAAAUCGCAAAGAAGACGCAUUAAGACGUUUCCCAAGUUUGCCAGCUGCACCCUCACAUCCACAUCAUCAUGUUUCUAUGGGACUGGUUUACUGGUGUCCUGGGCUACCUAGGCCUGUACAAGAAGUCGGGCAAGCUGCUCUUCCUGGGCCUGGACAACGCCGGCAAGACGACGCUGCUGCACAUGCUGAAGGACGACCGGAUGGCACAGCACGUGCCCACGCUCCACCCCACAUCUGAGGAGCUCUCGAUCGGUAACAUGCGCUUCACCACGUUCGACCUGGGCGGCCAUCACCAGGCGCGCCGCGUUUGGAAGGACUACUUCCCGGCCGUCGACUCCAUCGUCUUCCUCGUCGACGCCAGCGACCGGCAGCGGCUCAGCGAGAGUAAGGUGGAGCUGGACUCGCUGCUGACAGACGAGCAGCUGAGCAACUGCCCGGUGCUGAUCCUCGGCAACAAGAUCGACAAGCCGGCGGCCGCCUCCGAGGACGAGCUUCGCAACGUGCUGGGCCUGUACGGCCAGACCACGGGCAAGAUGAAGAUCCCGCGGAGCGACCUGCCCGGCCGUCCCCUGGAGCUCUUCAUGUGCUCCGUGCUCAAGCGCCAGGGCUACGGCGAGGGCUUCCGCUGGCUGGCGCAGUACAUCGACUGAUACCGCCGCCGGACACAUUCCGCCACGCUGCUGCCACCUGUCGGAGGCCGCGGAAGCUGACGUUCGACGGCGCCCGCUAGGCGGCGCUCGUGGCAUGCGGGCCGUGCCUGCGCGGGUCUUGGCGAGGAGCUACGCGACGGCCCGGGACGCCCGUGGCCAGCGAGGCCGCCACCCGCGACUCACGUGCGCACGCCCACGGUCGAUGCCGCUCGAUAAUAUUAGGAAAAUUGCCCCUCCUGUGUAUACUUGGUUGACCCGUGUUCUGGCUGUUGCCUGGCAAAGCUGGCGGCGCCCGUUAUUUUUAUACCGGCAUCUCCGCAGCUGGAGGUGUUCAGAUAAAGUCGGGCCGCGAGAGCUGGCCGGAGAUUGGCAUCUAGAUAUUUUAUGACGCCCGCCAAGUCUGCGGUCUAGACUUGUGAGCAUCUUGUUUACGCCUAAAUUAGCAUAUACGGUGAUUGCAGGGUGAUAUUCUUUCGUUGCUUGUCUUCUGAAAUCUAACACGGUGUUGAGGACGGCUGUAGUUACGGGUCAGCUCGCGGCGGCGCGGCGCGGCGCCCCGCCGCCGUCCCCGUUUCUCGUGUUCACUGUCUGACGGCCGGCGCGGCGUCUGAGGCUGAGUGUCCGACGCUGCGAUGCAUGACUCGAAUAAACAGGACCACGAUACGGUGCGCCG